AAGCCUUGAAGACUCUGGCUUAGGGCCCUUGAGCUCCAUGGAGGCCCACCAACACUCUCCAGACUCCAGCAGUGAAGAGUGCACCGUCCUGGAGGCAGCACCCAAGAACAGCUGUCCCCUGCACCCAAACAAGAUAUCGGAGCGGUUUUGCCAGUCGUGUCUGUGCCCCCUGUGUGAGGACUGUGUGGGCCAUGAGGAGCACCCCUGUGUGGACCUGGACCAGGGUCUGCAACAGACCAGAGUUCAGCUGCAGGAGCAGCUCACAGCUCUGCAGACCAGGCAACCGCAGGUGUCCGAAGCACUGUCCCAGGUCCGAGAGAUCCUGCAGCAGCUGACCAAUCAGAGACUGGCAAUCGAGGAGGACAUCCAAUCAGGAUUUGAAGAUUUGCAUAAACAGCUCGACGUCAGGAAGAGUGUUCUGCUAAUGGAACUGGAGGUCACCCACGAACUCAAACACAAGGUGUUGCAGGCACAGAUGGACAGCCUGGCUGCCUGUGAGGGGAGCAUGUCGACUCUUGGUGCCCAGCUGGAGGAGGCUCUGACAGGGGAGGCGACCGUGGCAUCCUUCGGUGAGGAGCAGGAGCUGGGGCAGAAGCUGGAGCAGGUCCUGGGGCUCACGGUGCGUUCAGACCCAGAGGAAAACGACCAGCUCGACCUCAUCCUAGAGACGGACGCACUGCGCAAGUCCAUCCAUAACCUGGGCAACAUCGUCACCACCAGCGCUGUGGCGAGUCAGAGUGAGGCCAUGGGAGCCGGUCUGGAGCAGUGCAUCGUGGGACAUCCAGCGUCUGUUACCAUAGUGACACGUGACAAAUCCGGAGGAGCAUGUAAGAACGGCAACGCUAUUCUGUCAGCAGAGGUGUUUACUCCGGACGGCAGCAUUGUUGACGGAGAAAUUGUGGAUCAUAAAAAUGGAACAUACGAGUUUGUCUACACCGUCCCCAAAGAAGGAGACUUUUCUUUAGCUCUGCGCCUCUAUGACCAUCACAUCAAAGGCAGCCCAUUCAAACUGACUGUGAACAAGCCCUCAGACGUGUCUCCAUCCACUACCACAGCUACCAACUCUGCUGCUAAUGCUACCCCAUCAACGGGCUCCUCCGAUGGGACAAAGAGGCGUGGGAAGUCCCCUGGGCAGAAGAAGAAGGGAUCUAAAAGAGCGAGUAGUGCUUUGGGAACACCACGACGCAAACACCAGAACCCCAUAGAAGACGAUCUUAUCUUCAGAAUUGGAACAAAGGGCAGGAAUAAAGGAGAGUUCACAAACCUCCAGGGAGUGGCUUCAUCCAGUGAGAGGAUCCUGAUUGCCGACAGCAACAACCAGUGUGUCCAGAUCUUCUCCACCUCGGGGGAGUUCCUGAGCCGGUUUGGGGUCCGGGGGCGGUCUCCGGGUCAAAUGCAGAGGCCGACCGGAGUUGCAGUUCACCCGAGCGGAGACAUCAUCGUCGCAGACUACGACAACAAGUGGGUCGGCAUCUUCUCCUCCGACGGCAAGUACAAGGCGAAGCUGGGCUCUGGGCGUCUGAUGGGACCCAAGGGUGUGGCUGUGGAUCAGAAUGGUCAUGUCAUCGUGGUGGAUAAUAAGUCCUGCACCGUCUUCAUUUUUCAGAUCAGCGGAAAACUUGUUUCCAAGUUCGGUUCACGAGGCACCGGAGACAAGCAGUUUGCUGGUCCUCAUUUUGCUGCUGUGAACAAGAACAAUGAGAUAAUUGUGACGGACUUCCACAACCACUCUGUCAAGGUCUUCACUCUGGAGGGGGAGCUGGUGUUGAAGUUUGGCUCAAAUGGAGAAGGAAACGGUCAGUUUAACGCUCCGACCGGAGUCUCUGUGGAUCAGAACGGGAACAUAAUCGUAGCUGACUGGGGCAACAGCAGGAUACAAGUGUUUGACGGCUCUGGCUCAUUCCUGUCCUACAUAAACACGUCUGCAGAUCCUCUGUACGGACCCCAGGGUCUGGCCCUCACUUCAGACGGACACGUGGUGGUCGCAGACUCUGGCAACCACUGCUUCAAAGUCUACAGAUAUCUACAGUGA